GUGGAUUUACUGACUGGAGAUCAGUAAAACAUUUAUUUCUGCGGGAGGAGGAUCACACACACACACACACACACACACUUCAUCCACCCAGUGAGGCUGACGGACGCUCGGUUGAAGCUCUGAACAAAGAUGAACCUGGCUCUGAUCCAUGACAGACUGCACAUUAAGUCGUUCUGGGAGAAAAGGAUUAACAAUCAAUGUCAGCAUGCUGAGAGCGAGGAGCAGAGGGUGAACAAGAGCGCACUCAACAAGCUGAGGGAGGAGUGGCUGGUCCGUCUGGAGAACCGAACCAAACACCUGAAGAGCCUCAACGACAACUACGUCAGGAAGGUCAAGAUGGAGAAGUCAGCUGACCAGACAUGAGCUCAAACAAACAGGGAUGAAGACACGCUGUGCCAUCCUAAUGUUAAAUGCAAUAAAGUGACUUUUUGAACACA